AUGACGUCGCUACUACAGAUGGGCAUAUUUGGAGAUUCGACCUCACCGUUUGAUGAAUGUAUCGAGAAAGUUACUGCUGAGCAUUUAACCAGUGAAAAUUGGGCUAUGAUUCUUGAUGUUUGCGACAAAGUAAACAGCGAUCCACGAGCUCCGAAGAAUGCUAUACUUUCGAUUAGAAAAAGGCAAUACUGUCCUGUUUCAAUACUCAAUCACCGUGACCCUCACGUGGUGCUCCUCGCGCUCUCUGUUUUGGAUUCUUGUUGGAGUAACUGUGGACCAGCUUUUCGUAAAGAAGUGUCAUCUGCUAGUUUUAUAAGCGAACUCCAGUCAAAAGCUGUCCAUAGCACCCGUUUGAUCGCUGAGAAGACGAGGAUGAUGAUCCAGAAGUGGGUAGAGAAUGAGUGCAAGGCGGAUGCAUCUCUGUCGUUGGUUGUCACUCUCUACAAAAACCUUGUAGCCGACGGGCUCUCAUUUACCUCAAGUGAGCCGAAGAAGUCAAACAUCAACAAAGAGAUAGAAGCA